CUUCUCAUAAUAAAUCACAUACUACAAAAUUUUCUCUCUUCUUGCACCAACCUCUGCAACUUAUCUCUACUACUUAUAUUGAUAUUGUUGAUUUUGUAUUCAUUGAGUUUGAAAUGAGUGAUGGGGAUGCAAUAGUGAGAAGGGCUCUCAGUAGCCUAGGCAAAGGCUUUGAUCUCACCUCGGAUUUUCGGCUUAAGUUCUGUAAAGGCAGAGACAGUCUGGUUAAUCUUAAUCAGGAACAGACCAGGCAGUUACAUGUACCAGGUUUCGGACAGUUUGAGGGUGUUUCUACUGAUAUUAAAUGUGGAAGAGGUGAUCGGACUCGGUAUCAGUCAGAUAUUCUGGACUUUAAUCAUAUGUCGGAAUUUAUAAACCAGAAGUGCUCUGUCCCCGGGAAAAUUCCAUCAGGGUUGUUUAAUUCUAUGUUUGGCUUCGAGAGUGAAUCAUGGGGGACGGAUGCUUCAAAGACAAAGUAUUUAGGAUUGGAUGGUUACUAUAUAUUGUUGUUCGAUCUUCAUAUCAAUCGGUUUCCUCUUCAACUUCGUGAUGAGGUUAAAAAUGCAGUUCCUUCGACCUGGGAUCCAUUAGCUCUUGCCAGGUUCAUAGAGAAAUAUGGGACUCACGUCAUAGUGGGACUGGGCAUCGGAGGACAGGACACAGUGGUGGUAAGGCAAGAUAAAACUUCAAACUUGGAGGCAUCGGAACUGAAAAAGAGUCUGGAUGAACUCGGUGAUCAGUUGUUUAAUGGGACUUGUAGUUACACUCCGAAACACCAGAAGCAUAAGGCUCCACCAGCUUUUAAUGUCUUCGACCAUCAGUCAUCGUACUUCGGUAGCUUAUCAUCAGUCAAGACGAAGAACGGAAUUAACGUAAUAUGUUCAAAGAGGGGCGGAGACCUAUCAGCAACGACACACUGUGAAUGGCUAUUAACAGUUCCAUUAAAGCCGGAUGCUGUUCAGUUUAACUUCAUUCCCAUCACCUCCCUCCUCAAGGGCGUUCCAGGAACUGGUUUCCUGUCGCAUGCUAUCAACCUUUAUCUUCGGUACAAGCCGCCAUUGACUGAUUUACAGUAUUUUUUGGACUUCCAAUCUCAUAAAAUAUGGGCUCCAAUUCACAGCGAACUUACUCUAGGACCAAACUCAAUCAAGUCCCGAAAUCCUUAUCUCCAGUUUAACUUAAUGGGUCCGAAGUUGUAUGUCAACACGACUCAGGUUACAGUGGAAAACCGACCCAUAACAGGAAUGCGAUUGUAUCUGGAAGGCAUGAAAUGCAAUAGGCUAGCAAUACACCUCCAGCAUUUAUCAAACACACCACAGUUCCUCCAGAACAGGGUCAGUGAUGCCACUUUUUGGCGUGGAUCAGAAGAUAUUCCCUCUGAUAAGUACUUGGAACCCAUUCAAUGGAAAAAGUUCUCUCAUAUAAACACUGUCCCUGUGAAAUAUGACCCGGAUUGGAGUACAAAAAGCGAAAAUGCUACAUUCAUUGUUACAGGAGCUCAACUAUACAUAACCAAACAUGACAAUUCGAAGACAGCAUUGCAGCUUCGACUACUUUACUCAAAAGUUUCAAAUUCAUGCAUUGCUCAAUCAAGCUGGAUGCAAUGCCAAUCAGAUGUUUCUCAGAAGUCUGGAUUCUUCUCGACAAUAAGCCAGUCAAUUAUUUUAGGGGGGGUUCCUGAUAAAGAUGAUGCUAAAAAGGUGGUGGUUGACUCUAGUGUGUUCCCAAGUGGACCACCGGUGGCAGUGCAAACGAAGAAGCUUUUGAGGGUUGUGGAUAUGGCGGAGUUAUGCAGAGGGCCAUCGGAUAGUCCAGGACAUUGGUUGGUCACUGGAGCUCAGUUGCAGUUAGAGAAAGGAAAGAUUUGCAUGCAUGUCAAAUUCUCCUUAUUGAACAUUUUUUAGUUUAUAGGCAAAAGAUCAGAAGGGAAAAUGUUUACUUUCAAGCAAGUAAUCAUUGUAUAUACAUAGAGUUUUAUGUUCUUUCAGUUAUCUUUACAAAAGUAUAUUCUUUUGCUUCAUCAGUAUCAUAAUUUCUUGAUUUUUAGCAA